UACUUCCCUCCCUGGGGAGAAAGGGGAAGCCACUGUUUCUCCUCUCCACCUGACCCAGAUGCCUGAUGGAGUAUUUUCGACGGCUGCUGGGAACCCUGCAGGAGGCCCUGGAUUAUGUUUCUUCCUUCACCACCUACCUCCUCGGAAAUGAAGCUCACCCAGGAGCAGAAGAGUCAGGAAAUACAAGGGAGACGAGGCACCGUAGCAGCUGCCAUGACCCUGAAGUGGAGCUCGCACAUGCUGGGGACAUUUCUCCAGGGGGGCACCGGGAAGCCUUUGAAGGACCACUCACCACAGAGGAAACCCCGCCCAACCAGGAAACUGGGGUAACAUCAGAAGCAGUAGUCAGUGGUGCUCAGGAUACAGAGGACAUUCUUGAACCUUCCAGAUUGGCCAGCGAGGGACAGGAAGAGGCUGGGCAGCUGCUCACAGAGUCCCCUCAGUUCUCAGCUGAUGCCCAAGAGCCGAGACCCACAACAACUGUGACUGGCAGCAUCCAACAGAGAGAUCUGGAGCGGGCGGCAGUGACCGGGGGGCUCCAUCAGUGGGAGCCAGAGGGACCCACCUGGCUUGCAGCAGGUCACCCAGGGGCCCUAGAGGAGGUGGGCCCAGAUACAGAGAACAGUCAGCAUUCAGAGUCAGACAGGCCCUUGACUGGAGAGAAAGUGCAGGGGAAUCCGGAAGGGGCAACAGAGAUUGAAAGGCUUCUGCAGAAGGAGCAGGAGGCAUCUCUGUGGAAGGAUAGAGCCGAGCAAAGGGGACCAGACUGGGCAUUGUUUCUGGGGGAACAGCAGAAUGGGCUGGAGGAGCCAACAUGGCCAGGGGGUUUUGAGCAGGGGAGGUCAGAGGAGGUGGCCAAGAUGGCCGAAAAGGAGGUGGAGCAAAAAGGAGUGGCGGAGGCAGAAGGUGGCCCGCGUGGCCAGUCAGAUAUAGUGGUGGCAAACGAAAGGAUUCCACUAAUCAUGCUGGAGGAGGCAGAGACUGAGGGAGACCAGGAGGUGUUGCUAGAAGAGGAAGAAGAGGUAGGGAGGAGCCAUUGGCGGGAGACAGAGGGGUGUGCAGUUUUGUUAGAGCAGGAGUGGGAUCCAAAGGAGGGAGGCGAGGAAAGGAAUGGCCAGUGGAGCAGACUGGGAGAGGCAGAAGGGACAGAGGGCCACCAGCAGGGGGAGCUAGAGGGACCUGUGAGGAAUGGGGGAGAUGGUAAAGGGGAAGAACAGGAGGAGCAAAUGGGAGGUGUGUGGGAAGGAGAGUCAGAGAGGCUAGGAGGAGGAGGAGGAGGAGGAGGAGGAGUCAUGCUGGAAGAGGCAGACACUAGAGGGGGGCAGCAGAGAGAGCAAGAAGGGACUGCAAAGAGCCUGCAGCAGGAACCCAUGCAAUACAGUGCCUCCCUCAACAUAUGCGCCUUUGCUGGGCAGCAAACGGAAGGAGUAUGGGAAGCCGAGCCAGAGAAGCUGGUAGAAGCUGAGGGUCUUGAAGAAGAAGUGCUGGAAGUGACAGACACAAGAGGGGUCCAGCCAUGGGAGGCUGAAAGGAACCUGCAGCAGGAACCCACGGGAAGCAGUCUCUCUCUCGAUAUAGGCCUCUUGGCUGGGGGUCAGACAGAAGCAGAGAGGCUGACAGUAGAAGGAGAGAGGCUGAUAGGAGGAGGAGGAGAAGAAGAAGAAGAAGAAGAAGAAGAAGAAGAGCUGGAAGUGGCAGAGACAAGAGGGCAUCAGCCCUGGGAGCCAGAAGGGACAGAAGGUCGCCUCCAGCAGAAACCUACAGGAAACAGUGCCUCUUUUGAUACAUGCCCCUCUGCUGGGGUGCAAACAGGAGGAGUAUGGGAAGAAGAGCCAGAGAAGCUGGUAGAAGUCAAGGGUCCAGAAGAAGAAAUGCUGGAAGAGGCAGACACUAGAGGGGGGCAGCAGAGAGAGCAAGAAGGGACUGCAAAGAGCCUGCAGCAGGAACCCAUGCAAUACAGUGCCUCCCUCAACAUAUGUGCCUUUGCUGGGCAGCAAACGGAAGGAGUAUGGGAAGCCAAGCCAGAGAAGCUGGUAGAAGCUGAGGGUCUUGAAGAAGAAGUGCUGGAAGUGACAGACACAAGAGGGGUCCAGCCAUGGGAGGCUGAAAGGAACCUGCAACUGGAACCCACGGGAAGCAGUCUCUCUCUCGAUAUAGGCCUCUUGGCUGGGGGUCAGACAGAAGCAGAGAGGCUGACAGUAGAAGGAGAGAGGCUGACAGUAGAAGGAGAGAGGCUGAGAGGAGGAGGAGGAGGAGGAGGAGAAGAAGAAGAAGAAGAAGAAGAAGAGCUGGAAGUGGCAGAGACAAGAUGGCACCAGCCCUGGGAGCCAGAAGGGACAGAAGGUCGCCUCCAGCAGAAACCUAUGGGAAACAGUGCCUCUUUUGAUAUAUGCCCCUCUGCUGGGGUGCAAACAGGAGGAGUAUGGGAAGAAGAGCCAGAGAAGCUGGUAGAAGUCAAGGGUCCAGAAGAAGAAAUGCUGGAAGAGGCAGACACUAGAGUGCAUCAGCCAUGCGAGCCAGAAGAGACUGGAAGGAGACUCCAGCAGGAACCCAUGGGAAGUUGUGCCGCUCUUGAUAUAUGCCUCUUUUCUGAGGAGCAAACAGAAGGAGAGCCAGAGAGGCUGAUAGAAGAAGGAGAAGGAGAAGGAGAAGAGGAAGAGGAAGAAGAAGGAGUCAUGUUGGAAGAGGCAAAGACUAGAGUGCACCAGCCAUGGGAGCCAGGAGAGGCUGAAGGGAGUCUGCAGCAGGAACCCCCAAGAGACAGUGGCACCCUCGAUAGAUGUAUGUUUCCUGCGGAGCAAAGGAAAGGAGAGCCAGAGAGGCUGGUAGAAGCGGAGGGUCUAGAAGAAGAAGUGCUGGAAGAGACAGAGACUAGAGAGCAUCAGCCAUGGGAAACAGAAGAGGCUGGAAGGAGCCUAUGGCCAGAACUCACGGGAAGUGGUGCCUCCCUCAAUAUAUGCCCCUUUGCUGGGGAGCAAACGGAAGGAGAGUCAGAGAGACUAACAGAAGAAAGAAAAGGAGGAGGAGGAAGAGGAAAAGAAGAAGAAGAAGGAAAAGGAGAAGAAGCACUUGUCAUGCUGGAUGAGGCAGAGGCUAGAAUGUACCAGCCAUGGGAGCCAGAAGGGGCUGAAAGUAGCCUCCAGCAGGAACCCUCAGGAAACUGUGCCUCCCUUGAAAUAUGCCCCUUUGCUGGGGAGCAAAUAGAAAGAGACCCAGUGAGGCUGAGAGAAGGAGAAGGAGAAGGAAGAGAAUCAGUUGUGCUAGAAGAGGCAGAGACUAGAGGGGGUCAACCCUGGGAGCCAGAGGAAGCUGAAAGACAUCUGCAGGAGGAACCCAUGGAAAGCAGUACCUCCCUGGAUAAAUACCCAUUUGCUGGGCCCAGACGUUUCCCAGAUGAGGUGCUACCCCUGGACACAAGUGCCCAGAAGGAACGGGUGCUGCUCCGUCGCAAGAGCUCCAUCCGGCGGGCACCCAGCUUGAAGAAACCGAGGUUGCCAGCAGAGACCCAACCACCAAAGGGAGACAUCGCUGAGGCCACCCCAUCUCCACCACCACCACCAAGCAGGCCAACCCCGAGGCAUGCUGGGUUUGGGCCUAUGCACCCCAACAUGAUGGCUGAGCUACAGAUGCGCUUGCGCAAGCCCCAGUGACAGCCCGAUUCAGAGGGGUUUGUGGAGGAGUGAACCUGCUGUUCUUGGCUGUGUUCCGGAUGCAGCCACCAUGACUAAGAAUCAUAAAAGCAACAACAGGGAAGCAUUAGGCAACUUGAGCACAUGGAUUCUUAUAUUUCCUUUCUGAGGAAAAGGAUGAGGGUUUUCUCUUUUUAAAUCUUUUUCUGCAAGCUUCCCCCAAAUAAGAAAGAAAUGCAGUGGUGGGGAAAUGUGCAAUAAGAUGUGUAUAUUUGAAUUGUUCCCUGCUGGAGCAGGACUUAACUGGAUUGUGCUUGUCGAUGCUUUUGCAUCCUCCACCCCACCCCUGUGCAGAAAGCAGCCUUUUGUGGUCGCCAGCCUUGUGACAUGUUGCAAUAUUAAUUUACCACACCAUACUCCAAUCUGCACGUAGAUUGGAGUAUUUUUAACUCUCUUGUAGGAAGCCGUAGAGAAAGAAAAGAACACACAAGAAUAUGGUUACUUCUGUCUCCUAUGCUGCCUUCCCCGGCACCCUCAGCCUUAAUUUUGGCUUCUGCACUUUUUGGUUGUAGUGCAUCCCAUUAGUUGGUUGGAUCUAGAAGCUAUGAUGUGCAGAGAAGCUGCAAUUGGACAUGGUGAUGAAAACCACCUCUUUAUCAGACUACCUAAAGUAUUUCCAAGAUAGUCUGAAAAGAGGCAAAUCUCAUCACGCAUUGUUGGCAAAUGGCCAACAGAUGGCGCUGUGAAAUUGUGUGACAGGCAAGGGGCACGGAUAAGCAGAAGCUACUUGCAUUUGUAAAUGUUCUAUUUCCCUGUCUGGAAGGACCCUUAGUUAGUCAGUUCCUGGUCCCUGGUAGGUACGAGGGACAAAAUUUAAUUAUCAUUUCUUCUUUGUAGACAGAGCAGUUUUCCUCAUUAAUUUAUUGUCUUUGUUAUCACAGUUGCAAAAUUUUGCUCAAAACUAAAAUAAAACUAAGAUCUAAAUUAAUGAGCAAUUGCAGUGGCUGCAAAAAACAUUACUUAAACUCUGCUCCCUGCAGAGAAAAAUUAACCGAGAAGUGCCUCAAGAGUACAUUGGACACACUGGCACUGUAACUGCAUUUUAAGACAGAUUGCUACAAAUCAGGUCUGGUGGCGCAGUGGUAAAACUGCCGCCCUGUAACCAGAAGGUUACAAGUUCGAUCCUGACCAAGGGGCUCAAGGUUGACUCAGCCUUCCAUCCUUCUGAGGUCGGUAAAAUGAGUACCCAGAAUGUUGGGGGGCAAUAUGCUAAAUCAUUGUAAACCUCUUAGAGAGCUCCGGCUAUAGAGCGGUAUAUAAAUGUAAGUGCUAUUGCUAUUGCUAAAGGAAAGGGGUUACAGGGAGAAUCAACAGGUAGCGGAAGGGUUAAGUGAUUCCCUCCCACAGGCGAAUUCUUCCCUGUAAAUGCCUCAUUUCCAAUGGUAGCAUUAAAAUGCACACAUGGAUUGGGAGCCCCAUGCUUACCUCAUCAUGUCUAGUAUCACCCCUUAUAGACUAGUUGUUAGAAAUAAUUAUUAAAAAUAGAAGAAUGUUGAAAAUAUCCUGGGUAGAUCUUUUAUUUUUAUUUAUUUUUAUUUAAAAUAUUUCUAUACUGCCCAAAACCUAGGUCUCUGGGCGCUUUACAAUUAAAAUCAUUUAAAACAUCAAAUCAGUUUUGAUGAUAGAGUCACCAAUUUAGAAGUUCUGCGAAGAAUGAAUAAAAAGAUGGAAAUUUUAAUAAGAAUACAAGAAAGGAAACUGGAAUAUUUGGGGCAUGUGCUGAGACAUCAGAGAUAUCAUCUUCUGCAAUUAAUAUUGCAAGGAAAGACCGAGGGCAGGAGGAGGGCAGGAAGAAGGAAAACAUCAUGGUUGAAAAACCUUAGAGAAUGGUAUGGCAGAAGCACUGGGCCACUAUUUAGAGAUGUGGUAUCAAAAGAUCAAGUAGCCUUAAGGAUAGCUAACCUUCAAUAAGAGAAGCGACUAAAAAAGAAGAAGAAUUAUUAUUCCUGAAUCCUUUUACUGCUGAUCAGAGAACACUAAUUUACAAAGGUGUAUGAGAACACAAGCCCUGCUGGAUCAGGCCCCAAAACAUAUCCAGUCCAGCAUCCUGUUUCACACAGUGACCCACCACCAGUUGACUCGGGGGGGGGGGGGGAGCCCACAGGCAAGAGGUGAGGCCAUGCCCUCUCUCCUGCUGUUGCUCCCCUGCAAUGGGUAUUUAGAGGCUUCCUGCCACUGAGGCUAGUGGUGGCCUAUAGCCACCAGAUUAGUAGCCAUUGAUAGACCUGGCCUCCUUGCAUUUGUCUAAGCGCCCUUUAAAGCUAUCCAAGCUAAUAGCCACCACCCCAUCCCAUGGCAGAGAAUUCCAUAGAUUAAUGAUGCACUGUGUGAAAAAGUACUUCUUUUUGUUGGUCCUAAAUUUCCUGGCUUUCAGUUUCAUUUGAUGACUGGUUCUAUUGUUGUGAGAGAGGGAGAAAAAUUUAUCUCUGUCCACUCUCUCUACUCCAUACAUAAUUAUAUACACCUCUCUUAUGCCUCCCUUAAUCGCUUCUUUUCCAAACGAAAAAGACCCAGAUGCUCUAGCCUUGCCUCAUAAGGAAGGUGCUCCAGGCCCCUGAUCAUCCUGGUUGCUCUCUUCUGCACCUUUUCCAGUUCUAUAAUGUCCUUCUUAACAUACGGUGACCAGAACUGUACGCAGUUCUCUGAAUGUGGCCGCACUAUUGGUUUCUAUAAGGGCAUUAUAACAAAAGCAUUUUUUAUUUUCAACCCCUUUUCUAAUUAUCACUAGCAUGGCAUUUGACUUUUUCACAGCUACCACGCACAGAGUUGACACUUUCAACAAGAUGUUCAGUUCACCACAACUCCAAGAUCUCCCUCCUGGUCAGUCACUGACAGCUCAGAUCCCAUCAGUAUAUAUGUGAAGCUGGGUUUUUUUGGCCCACUUUACAGUUGGUCACCUUAAGUGGCGCAGUGGGGAAAGGCUUGACUAACAGGCAGAAAGUUGCCGGUUCAAAUCCCCACUGGUAUUUUCCCCAGAUUAUGGGGAACACCUCUAUCGGGCAGGAGCGAUAUAGGAAGAUGCUGAAAGGCAUCAUUUCAUACUGCGCGGGAGGAGGCAAUGGUAAACCCCUCCUACCAAAGAAAACCACAGGGCUCUGUGGGCGCCAGGAUUCGAAAUCAACUCGACGGCACACUUUACCUUACCUUUUACACUUGGUUACAUUGAACAACAUUUGCCAUUUUAUCGCCCACUCACCCAGUUUGGAGAGAUGCUUUUGGAACUCCUCACAACCUGCUUUGGAUUUCACUACCCUAAAUAGUUUAGUGUCAUCUGCAAAUUUGGCCACUUCGCUGGUUACCCCAAGAUCUAGACCAGGCCUGCUCAACUUAGGCCCCCCAGCUGUUUUUGGACUGCAACUCCCAUACUCCCCAGCCACAGUGGCCAAUAGCCAGGGAUUAUGGGAGUUGUAGGCCAACAUCUGCAGGAGGGCCUAAGUUGAGCAGCCCUGAUCUAGAUCAUUUAUGGAUAAGUUAAAGAGUACUGGUCCCAGUACAAACAGAAACAGUGUUAGACCCAGACCUUGGGGCAGAAAUCUAAGGCCCCAGCCCCCCCGCUCCCCUGGAUGGCCCCAAGAGCGCUCCUGCUAGUGGCCAGCAAUGGCAAUCUCCUUCCCGUGUGGCCCAGGCUCUGCAGUGCCUCCCCUCUCUGUCCGGCACACCAGCAGCCUGGCGCUGGCCAUCGAGAGAUUCUCUCCCUGCUUACCGGAGGGCUGCUGCUGCUCCCCCCCCCCCCGGCUAGUUGGUAAACCUAAACUGCAAACCACUGAAAAUAGGUUCACACCCUUCUUGCUAAAUUUGUUAAGAUCUGCAUCAAAAGCUUUGACGGUGCUGCCACCUUCAGAAAUGAAAUGGCUGGUGACCAGAAGCAGGGUCUUCUCAGUGGUGAUGCCUUGGUUGCAUGAUGCUUUCUCCUGGAACCAGGAGAGCUGGUCUUGCGAUAGCAAGCAUGACUUGUUCCCAUAGCUAAGCAGGGUCUGCCCUGACUUGAUGUGUGAGCACUGCAAGAUAUUCCCCUCAGGAGAUGUAGCCACUCUGGGAAGAGCAGAAGGUUUCAAGUUCCCUCCCUGGCUUCUCCAAGAUAGGGCUGAGAGAGAUUCCUGCCUGCAACCUUGGAGAAGCCGCUGCCAGUCUGUGAGGACAAUUCUGAGCUAGAUAGACCAAUGGUCUGACUCAGUAUAUGGCAGCUUCCUAUGUUCCUAUGCCUAAAUUCUAGAGUUUGGGGAUCUCAGCAAACUGCUCUCAAUGGGCCAGCUCCACCACUACUUUUAGGAGAGGAGAGCUGGUCUUGUGGUAGCAAGCAUGACUUGUCCCCAUAGCUAAGCAGGGUCUGCCCUGGUUACAUAUGAAUGGGAGACUAGAAGUUUGAGAACUGAAAGAUAUUCCCCUUAGGGGACGGAGCUGCUCUGGGAAGAGCCGAAGGUUCCAAGUUCCCUCCCUGGCUUCUCCAAGAUAGGGCUGAGAGAGAUUCCUGCCUGCAAACUUGGAGAAGCCGCUGCCAGUCUGUGAAGACAAUACUGAGCGAGAUAGACCAAUGGUCUGACUCAGUAUAUGGCAGUUUCCUAUGUUCCUAUGUAACUCUCUUCUCAUGCUGGUAUUUCAUUGUAUUUUUUUCACCAGUUGAAGAUAAUGUUAUUUCCUUGGGUUUCUGAUAGAUAAUUUUAAUUCUAGUGUUCCUGGUCUAGUUCUGUUUAAUACUAUACUUAAAUAUUAAACAAGACUAAUACUCCCCCCCCCACACACACACAAUUGCUCUUUGCAAUGUUGCUGUAUAUUUUAAAUUGUUUUAGAUGUUACAUGGUUUUAAAAAACUUGUUUUAUUAUAGCAUUUUGUUGGCUACCUUGGAAACCUCAGCUGAAAGGCUGCCUAAAAAUCUUGAAAAUAAAUAAAUAAAACAAAUAAACAAACAGUA